UUUUUCCCUUUCUCUCCAAGUAUACAAAAACCUUACCUUUUUCUUCCCUUCUUUGUCCUCCCUAAUUUCUCGCCCAAAAAUUUCCCACUAACACUAGUAGUGACAACAAAUACUACUUCCAACUUUAAAGAAAAAAUAAAGAUAGAGAGAGAGAAAAGAAAACUAAACACUCAAUUUCCUCUUCUCUCUCUCACUUCUUUCAUCUCACCGGAAAAACUCUGCAAUGGCGUUCACACUGUAACAGAAAAAAAAAAAGAAAUUCAUAGAUUAAAGUCAACCAAAAAAAAUAUAUAAAAAAUGGGUAUGUGCACUUCCAAACCACCGACGGAAACCCAUCUUCCCGAUCCAAAAUUACCGGAAGAUUCAACAAAUGAACAUCCUCCGGCGAGAAAUUCCGGCGAUUCCGGCAAAAAAUCCCCAUUUUUCGGGAUCUAUAGUCCAAGUCCAGCUCACUAUUUAUUCUCAAAGAAAUCACCUUUAUGGUCUCCAGCUACAAAUGCAAGUUCAAAUUCAAAUUCAAACACUCCGAAACGUUUCUUUAAACGGCCGUUUCCUCCACCAUCUCCAGCGAAACAUAUAAAAGCUGUACUUGCAAGAAGACAAGGAACAGUUAAGCCUAACGUCGCGGGUUCGAUUCCUGAGGGAAGUGAAAGUAGUAGUGGUGGUGUAAAUGGUGUGGGUUUAGAUAAAAGAUUUGGAUUUUCUAAACAUUUUGGUGAUAAAUAUGAAGUUGGUGAAGAAGUUGGUCGAGGGCAUUUUGGGUAUACUAGGGUUGCUACUGCUAAGAAGGGUGAAUUGAAGGGUCAACAAGUUGCUGUCAAGAUCAUACCCAAAACCAAGAUGACCACGGCUAUUGCCAUUGAGGAUGUUAGAAGGGAAGUGAAAAUUUUGAAAGGUCUGGCAGGACAUGCCAAUCUCAUAAAGAUAUAUGAUGCAUAUGAAGACAGUGAUAAUGUUUACAUAGUGAUGGAGUUGUGUCGAGGAGGGGAAUUGCUAGAUAGAAUACUUUCAAGGGGUGGGAAAUACUCAGAAGAUGAUGCCAGGGCUGUGUUAUUACAGAUAUUAAAUGUUGUGUCAUUUUGCCACCUGCAAGGUGUGGUACAUCGAGAUCUAAAGCCAGAGAAUUUCCUAUUUGUAUCAAAGGAUGAAGAUUCUUCAUUGAAGGCCAUCGACUUUGGUUUGUCAGACUUUGUUAAACCAGAUGAAAAGUUAAACGAUAUUGUAGGGAGUGCGUAUUAUGUUGCGCCAGAAGUGCUGCACAGAUCUUACACAACAGAGGCCGAUGUUUGGAGCGUGGGUGUGAUUGCGUAUAUUCUACUGUGUGGAAGUAGACCAUUCUGGGCUCGUACCGAAUCAGGUAUUUUUAGAUCUGUCCUAAAAGCGGAUCCGAGUUUUACUGAACCACCAUGGCCUUCUUUAUCCAUGGAGGCAAAAGACUUUGUCAAGCGCAUGUUAAACAAAGAUCCAAGAAAAAGAAUUACUGCAGCUCAAGCUCUUUGCCAUCCCUGGCUCAGAAAUCAUGCAGAAGUAAAAGUUCCACUUGAUGUACUUGUCUUCAAACUUCUUAAGAUUUAUAUGCGUUCAUCUUCUCUUCGCAAAGCUGCUUUGAAGGCUUUGUCAAAAACAUUGACAGUCGAUGAACUUUUUUACUUAAAGGAGCAAUAUGCACUUCUGCAACCAAGUAAAAAUGGAACCAUAAGUUUGGAAAAUAUUAAAGAGGCUUUGAUGAAAAAUGCAACAGAUGCCAUGAAGGAGUCUCGCGCUCAUGAAAUUUUAACUUCUUUAACCGCACUUCAGUAUAGAAGAAUGGAUUUCGAGGAAUUCUGUGCAGCUGCCUUAAGUGUCUACCAACUCGAGGCUCUUGAAAGAUGGGAUCAGCAUGCUCGCUGUGCCUAUGAACUUUUUGAAAAGGAUGGUAACAGGCCCAUCAUGAUAGAAGAGCUGGCUUCAGAGCUUGGAUUGGGGCCCAACAUACCAGUUCAUGCUGUCCUUCAUGACUGGAUCCGGCAUACUGAUGGGAAGCUGAGCUUUCUUGGGUUUGUCAAAUUGCUUCAUGGGGUAUCCUCUAGGACUCUCAUUAAACCUCAUUAAAGGUGUACAACUAUAGGGUGCUCUUUGUUUCUAGUAUCAUUCGUGGUGCUUCGUGGUUUUUUGCGCAUGUUGGAAGUUUCAAGAAGUGCCAUCUUGAAUUAAGCCUGGCGCUCUCGGUCAUGAAAUUGAUUCCUGAUGCAGCCAGAAAAUGGUUUUUAUGGCUGAACAAGGAAAGCCGUGACUGGCGGGACAACAGAGAUCAGUUUAUUGGCUAGCUCACUACAAGGAUUAGGUUAAUUGUUUCUGACCACAAAAGGAAUGUAUACGUCAAUUGUUGUUCAAAGCCAGGCAAAUAUGUGAUUCAGUUUUAGCAAUAUAUUGUGUAGUUUUUGGCCUCUUGGGGGCUGAGGUUGAUGACCUAGAGGUUGGUCAAUCUGGAAUCUGCAUUGUUUCAUAGUGCUCUAAUUGUGAUUUGUGAAACUAAAGAAAGCUCUUAGGGUGUCAAAAAGUUAAAGAAAUAGGGUGCUAUCUUUUGAUGUUUUCUUUACCA